AUGGCUGAAACGCCGAUUCAUGGCCACGCUCAAGUGAACGACUUCCCAUCCGCGUCGACGACAGAACGCACUCCAUUACUCGCGGACUCGCAGGGGCCAGGAGGCGUAUAUACGACCUCAAGCAGAUCCGCAACACGAUCAAGACGUGGCAAGCAAAUCCAGCGCAAGAGACGUAUCUCUGCAGAGGGCUCGUCUCCUAGUCGCAGCUUCAGGAGCGACAGGGAGGACCUAGAGGUUCAGAGAUGUGAUCACCAAUGCUGCUCGUCUGCUCAGCGUCGACGUUCUCCUUCUUCCACGGAGUCAGGCGGCUACCCUGCUCCCGACACAUCAUCUGCUGAAUCCAUGCAAAGUCCAACAGAAGCCACAACCAGAAAAACCCUGCACGGCUCACACGACUCGCUUCUCCUCGGCCUCACUAACGAUGCACCUUUAUCAGCGUUGGACCGACCUGGGAUCCUGUCUUCAAUCAUUCAGAGCGUAUCGUUACGGCUGGAAAACUCAGGCAGUGUUGCUCGCGAUCACCUAGCAUCCGAGCGAACUUUUUUGGCAUACAUGCGUACGAGUCUGGCCAUUGUUUCUUCGGGGGUCGCUUUAGUACAGCUCUUCUCUGCGGGUUCCGCUUCCACUCCUCAAGGAUCUAUGCACAGGCUCCAUACAUACAUUCGGCCCCUUGGUGCUUCAACAGUUAUCAUUGGUCUUUUCAUUCUGUUCGUCGGAUCGAUGAGAUACUUCACAGUUCAGGCCGCUUUGACUAAGGGAUAUUUCCCGGUCACCCGCAUUGCGACGGGAUUAAUUGCAUUCAUGCUUGCUACUCUCAUCACUCUUACAUUUGGAAUUCUUCUUGCUGUGACUGGCCUCUCAUUUCACAUAUACCGUCUAUUGCUCACCCAACAGCGCCUAAACACGAAGAUGCCUUCAGAACGCCGAACGAAGACAGCGAAAGCUAAGCAAUCACUCCAACGGAAACCUACGCCUUCCAAAACUGCUUUUAACUGGCAGGUCCUGACUUUGGGCGUUGUGCUGUCAAUCUUGACCGCCCUAUACUAUUCGCACUGGAGCGGAAUCUUGAACGUCUUGUCUCAGUCUCCUCAAUCUAUUCCAUCUCAGAAGGAUGCUCCAAUUAUGCGGGAUGAAGUGUUUCACGUUGUGGAUAUACCAGGGAAGGGUAAAGGAGCACUGGCAGCCCGCGAUAUUAAGCAAGGAGAGCUCAUCCUUCGAGAGAAGCCUCUCUUUGUUGUUCCUCGCAACAUAAACGCGUCUCCGCCGAAGUUCAUCUACGGCGAACUUCACAAGCUACCACCUGAAGGACAGCAGGCUUUCCUGAACCUCUCAUACGUCAACUUUCCGCAAGGGCUGGACCCAGAAGACCACCCUGAAGAAGUCGCGCUUGCUACGUUCCAAACGAAUGCAGUGUCGGCUGGAGAGAAUGUUGGCCUCUUCCCGCGGAUGGCGCGUAUAAAUCAUGGCUGUUCUAGCGCUUUCAACGUUGUGUAUAAUUGGAGAGAGUGGGAGGGACAGUUGGUUGUGCACGCGUUGAAAGAUAUACCCAAAGGGAAGGAGCUGUUGGCAACUUAUACCAACACCAAACGACCUCGAGACGAACGCAGAGCAUUUCUCAGCCAACAAUACGGCUUCCAUUGCACUUGUGAUGUCUGUUCCUUAACCAGCGACCUCUCUCGAGCGUCAGACGCACGAUUAACUGAAAUUUCUCGUCUGUAUGACGAAUUCGCGGCUUGGGGGUCAGAUAUCAUCGACGGUGCCCAGGCAAUCGAAUUUAUACGCAAGAUAUGGAAAAUAGAAGAUGAAGAAGGUUACUGGAGUGAGAGAGGUCAGCUUGCUGCUGACGCUGCUUGGGUGGCAGCUUCACAUUCUGAUGCGACGGCCACGCAAGCGUGGGCACGAAGAGCUGGAGAAUGGUUCUCUUAUGAGAUUGGGGCAGACACACCCCAAGUGAUGGAGAUGAGCAUGUUUGCAUCGCGCCCAGAGUCCCAUAAGGCGUGGGGUACAAAGCGGAGACAGAAUGUUGGAGGGCCAGAUCGGUCGAGAGGCGAGUAG